UUUCCCUUUCGAUAUACUAUAAUAGUUUAUAUAUUUUCCUCAAUUAUCUUACAUAUAAAACUGAAUCAAGAAUAACCUCACUGUUGCGACGCCUUUGGUAGUAGUACCAGUCUCUACUAGUUAAGCAUCUCUCAACUCUCUCUCUCUCUCUCUCUGUCUGUCUCUAAAAAAUUUCAACACCUCAACUUCACGAUCUAAAUUGAAAAAUCUUUCUUUAUCAAAACCUAGAUCAGAAAUAUAGAGAGAGAGAUAGAGAUUUAGAGAGAGAGAGAGAGAGUGAGAGAAUUAGGUGUCACAUGAGAGAGGAGAGGACUGAAAUGUCCAAAGACGACGAUCGAUCUCCACCGUUGGAUCUUCGGGGAGCGGACAUCGCCGAGUCGUCAAGCAAGACCCGGAACUGCGUGACCGGGUCGGGUCAUGUCACGGGUUUGAAUCCCAUGGAGUUCCAGGCUCCGUACCCGGACCAAGUCCUCGAGAACGUCCUCGAAAACGUGCUCCAGUUCCUCACCUCCCGGCGGGACCGCAACGCCGCCUCAUUGGUCUGCAAGUCGUGGUGUCGGGUCGAGGCCCUGACCCGAUCCGAGCUCUUCAUCGGGAACUGUUACUCCGUCUCGCCCAGACGGGCCACGGCCCGGUUCUCCCGGGUCCGGGCCGUGGCCAUCAAGGGCAGGCCGAGGUUCGCCGACUUCAACCUCAUGCCGCCGGAAUGGGGGGCCCACUUCGCGCCGUGGGUCGCCGCCUUGGGCUCCGCCUAUCCUUGGCUCGAAAAAGUCUACCUGAAACGCAUGUCGGUCACCGACGAAGAUCUGAAACAUCUCGCUGAGUAUUUCCCUUACUUCAAAGAACUCGUCCUUGUUUGUUGCGACGGCUUUGGUACACGUGGCCUCGCCGUAAUAGCCAAGAAGUGCAGACAACUGAGAGUGCUUGAUCUGAUUGAAUCCGAGGUUGCGGAAUCUGAUAUGGAUUGGAUAGGGGAGUUUCCGGAGAGUGGAAUAACCUGUUUGGAAUCUUUGAUAUUUGAUUGUGUUGAGAGCCCAAUAAAUUUUGAGGCAUUGGAGAGGUUGGUGAUCAGGUCUCCAUCUUUGAAGAAGCUGAGGUUGAACCGCUUUGUUUCGAUUGGGCAGCUGUAUCGAUUGAUGGUGCGAGCUCCACAGCUUACUCAUCUUGGAACCGGGUCGUUCAGUCUGGCCGAGGGUGUAGCUCACAGUGAUCAGGAGCCCGAUUAUGAGUCUGCUUUUGCUGCGUGCAAGUCAUUGGUUUGUUUAUCGGGUUUUAGGGACAUUGCGCCGGAUUACUUGUCGGCUAUCUAUGCUGUUUGUGCUAAUCUGACUUCCCUCAAUUUGAGCUAUGCGAAUAUUAAUGCGGAGCAACUCAAGACAGUCAUAUUUCACUGCCACAAACUGCAGACUUUUUGGGUGCUUGAUUCAAUUUGUGAUGAAGGGCUUCAAGCGGCGGCUGCAACUUGCAAGGACUUGCGCGAGCUUCGGGUUUUUCCUAUCGAUGCACGGGAGGAUAGUGAGGGCCCUGUUUCUGAUGUGGGACUCCAAGCGAUUUCAGAGGGUUGUAGGAAAUUACAAUCGAUUUUGUACUUCUGUCAGCACAUGACAAAUGCAGCUGUGGUAGCCAUGUCAAACAACUGCCCAGAUCUUGAAGUGUUCCGUCUCUGUAUAAUGGGGCGACACCGUCCUGACCAUGUGACUGGUGAACCAAUGGAUGAAGGUUUCGGAGCCAUUGUUAAGAACUGUAAGAAGCUCACUCGUCUUGCUGUGUCUGGUUUACUGACCGAUCAAGCUUUCAGUUAUAUUGGAACAUAUGGGAAAUUGGUUCGAACAUUGUCAGUUGCUUUUGCUGGAGAUAGUGACAGGGGGCUUAAAUAUGUGCUUGAGGGCUGUCCUAGACUGCAAAAGCUUGAGAUCAGGGAUAGCCCAUUUGGGGAUGACGCAUUGCGUUCUGGUUUGCAUCACUACUACAAUAUGAGGUUCCUCUGGAUGUCUUCAUGUAGGUUAUCUCCCCAAGGUUGUCGUGAGAUUGCUCGAGCAUUGCCCCAUCUGGUGGUGGAAGUGAUCAGGGAUGAAGGGGAAGUGAUCAGGGGAGAAUGUGAGGAGCACAUUGAUGAUCCUUUUGACAUAUUAUACAUGUAUCGGUCUCUUGAAGGGCCAAGGGAUGAUGCCCCAAACUUUGUAACCAUCUUGCAUUAAAAGAAGUCAAUUGGCUGUUAGGUGGCUACCGAGCAAGUUGAAAACAUUUUUAUGGGAAAAUUGAAGAUGGCGGGUGACUUUUACAUGACCCGCUUGAAGGUCCCUGAAAUCCCUGUAUGUCAAACAAAUAAGGAUUGAACAAGUCGUGUUCCUGGCUUGAGCAGGUGCAAGAGCAUUCAAAGCAGAAGCAAGGUAUUGGAUCGUCCAAUAUCGUUCUAUUGGUAUGCUUCUAAAUUUUAUGUUUCUUUUGCUUUCAUAUUCGUUUUUAUCAUAAACGAAGGUUGCCAGAAGAGAAGGGGGGGGCGAUUGUCAAGCUGCAUUGAGAAUUUAAAUUAUCAGUUUAACCUGGAUCAUAUUAUUUAUCCGUCAAUGAAGAGAUGGAGAUCGGUCUUGAAGAAUUGGGGGUUCAGAAUGGUGAAUUUUCGAAGUUCUCUUCCAUGCCACCAGUAGAGAAGCAGGAGCUAGUGUUCACUCCAAAAAAAAAAAAAAAAAAAAAAACUUAGUCUGUUUAUUUUGAUUCAAAUGGUAGUUAGUUUAAGCUGUAGCUGCUGAGAACUAAAUGCCCAGGUUGAUGCAUCAUCUUCUCUUUCUCUUUCUCCUUCUAAGUGUUUGUUCUUUUCAGAUGUGUUGUAGCACCUGACUGUUGAAUUUAUUAUUGUUAUUGUUAGCAAAUGUGAGAUGAGUAAUAAAUGCCAAAAUAUGCAUGGACCAUAUGCCAUAUAUAUACUUA